UAGCUGCUUGGCGUCCAGUCCACGUCUUGGCUGAGUCCCCCUCGGCUUUUAAUCAUGCCCCUCUGUCUGUGUGUGAGUGCAGGCAGGCUGACAAUGAUUUCCUCAGUGAUUACGUACAGAGCGAGUCCCUGCGGGUUAGGGGCCCCCUCUGGAGCCAUCCUGAUGGCUUUAGGGGCCUUGCUUCUAUUUUCCAUUAUUAUGUGGACUACCGGAGCGACAGCGCAGUCCAAGACCUUGCAGACCCCAGCUGUAAACUAGACGAUCAGUCUGAAGAUGGUGAAGCGCCAGAUUGCAAGAAAAGGCAGGAGGAGGGGGACGAACUAGAGGAGGAAGCCGCUCACAGCUGUGACAGUUGCCUUCAGGUGUUUGAGUCACUGAGUGAUAUCACUGAACAUAAAAUCAGUCAGUGUCAGCUGACAGAUGGCGCAGAUGUAGAAGAUGAUCCAUCUUGUUCAUGGCCUGCAUCCUCACCAUCUAGCAAAGAUCAGACAUCCCCAAGUCACGGAGAAGGUUGCGACUUUGGUGAAGAUGAGGGAAUACCAGGACUGCCAUAUCCUUGCCAGUUUUGUGAUAAGUCAUUCAGUCGCCUCAGCUAUUUAAAACACCAUGAGCAAAGCCACAGUGACAAACUUCCUUUUAAGUGCACAUAUUGUAGUAGAUUGUUUAAGCACAAGAGAAGUCGAGACCGCCAUAUAAAACUUCAUACUGGAGAUAAAAAAUAUCACUGCAGUGAGUGUGAUGCAGCAUUUUCCAGAAGUGAUCAUCUCAAAAUUCACCUGAAGACUCAUACCUCCAACAAGCCAUAUAAAUGUGCCAUUUGUAGACGAGGGUUCUUGUCUUCAAGUUCUUUGCAUGGUCAUAUGCAGGUUCAUGAGCGGAAUAAAGAUUGUUCACAAUCUGGAAGUAGAAUGGAAGAAUGGAAAAUGAAGGACACACAAAAAUGUAGUCAAUGCGAGGAAGGAUUUGACUUUCCAGAGGAUCUUCAGAAACACAUAGCUGAAUGUCACCCUGAAUGUUCUCCAAAUGAUGAUAGAGGUGCUCUCCAGUGCAUAUACUGCCAUGAACUUUUUGUUGAAGAAACCUCCUUGCUGAACCACAUGGAACAAAUGCAUAGUAAUGAGAAGAAGAAUUCUUGUAAUAUUUGUUCCGAGAAUUUUCACAGUAUUGAGGAGCUCUACAGCCAUAUGGAUAGCCAUCAGCAUCCAGAAUCUUGCAACCCAAGCAACAGUCCAUCUUUAGUUACUGUAGGUUACACUUCUGUAUCAAGUACUACUCCUGAUUCAAACUUGUCUGUUGAUAGCUCCACAAUGGUAGACGUAGCUCCCCCAAUAACUAAAACUCGUGGGCGUAAAAGGGCUUCUCAGCAAACUCCUGAUGUCAAUGCUCCCUCAAAUAAACAAGCAAAAGUUACUUACAGUUGUAUCUAUUGUAGUAAACAAUUAUUCUCAAGCCUGGCUGUUCUCCAGAUACACCUUAAAACUAUGCAUUUAGAUAAGCCAGAGCAGGCUCAUAUCUGUCAGUACUGCUUAGAAGUCUUGCCCUCUCUCUACAAUCUAAAUGAACAUCUCAAACAGGUACAUGACGCUCAGGAUUCAGCACUGAUGGUAUCCACUAUGCCUACCAUGGUGUAUCAGUGCAACUUUUGCUCUGAAAUAUUCAAUGAUAUUAACAUGCUCCAAGAGCACAUCAGAGGUUCACAUGGGUUUGCAAAUCCUGCUGCAAAGGAUAGUAAUGCAUUCUUUUGCCCCCACUGCUACAUGGGGUUUCUCACAGACUCCUCGCUAGAGGAGCACAUUCGCCAAGUUCAUUGUGACCUCAGUGGUUCUCGUUUUGGCUCUCCUGUAUUGGGUACCCCAAAGGACCCUGUAGUUGAAGUAUACUCUUGUUCUUACUGCACCAAUUCUCCAAUCUUUAAUAGUGUACUUAAAUUAAAUAAGCACAUCAAAGAGAAUCACAAGAAUAUUCCUCUGGCUUUGAAUUACAUCCACAACGGAAAGAAAUCUAGAGCUCUGAGUCCCUUAUCUCCUGUUACUUUGGAUCAAUCCUCUUUAAAGAUGAUGCAGACCAUUGGUGGCACUCCUUCAAGACCUGCAGGCGAGUACAUCUGCAAUCAGUGUGGUGCCAAGUAUUCAUCCCUUGAUGGUUUUCAAACUCACUUAAAAACUCAUCUUGAUACUGUUCUGCCAAAACUGACAUGCCCUCAAUGCAACAAAGAUUUUCCUAACCAAGAAUCUCUUCUGAAGCAUGUCACUAUACACUUUAUGAUCACGUCUACAUAUUAUAUUUGUGAAAGCUGUGAUAAACAGUUUACUUCAGUGGAUGAUUUACAGAAGCACUUAUUAGACAUGCAUACAUUUGUUUUCUUUCGUUGUACCCUGUGUCAGGAGGUGUUCGACUCCAAAGUCUCUAUUCAGCUUCACUUGGCUGUGAAACACAGCAAUGAAAAGAAAGUAUACCGCUGCACUUCUUGCAAUUGGGAUUUCCGCACAGAGACUGACUUACAGCUCCAUGUAAAGCACAAUCACCUGGAAAACCAGGGAAAGAUCCACAAGUGCAUUUUCUGUGGUGAAUCUUUUGGCACUGAAGUAGAGCUACAGUGCCAUAUAACAACUCACAGUAAAAAAUAUAAUUGCAAAUUUUGUAGCAAAGCUUUCCAUGCCAUAAUUUUGCUGGAAAAGCACUUGCGGGAAAAGCAUUGUGUAUUUGAAGCCAAAACACAAAAUUGUGGGAGCAAUGGAGCGUCUGAACAGGUUCAGAAAGAAGAAGUGGAACUUCAGACUUUGCUAACAAACAAUCAAGAGUCCCAUAACAGUCAUGAUGGCAGUGAAGAAGACGUUGAUACCUCUGAAACAAUGUAUGGCUGUGACAUUUGUGGAGCUGCCUACACAAUGGAUUCUCUUCUGCAGAAUCACCAGCUCAGAGAUCACAAUAUCCGACCUGGAGAAAGUGCAAUUGUGAAAAAGAAGGCUGAAUUUAUUAAGGGCAACUACAAGUGCAAUGUUUGCGCCCGUACUUUUUUCUCAGAAGGUGGUCUGCGAGAGCACAUGCAGACUCAUUUGGGGCCAGUAAAGCAUUACAUGUGUCCAAUAUGUGGAGAACGCUUCCCAUCCCUGUUAACUCUUACAGAACACAAAGUGACACACAGUAAGAGUCUGGACACUGGCAGUUGUAGAAUAUGUAAGCUUCCUCUGCAUAGUGAGGAAGAUUUCCUAGAACAUUGUCAGAUGCACCCAGAUCUGAGAAACUCACUCACAGGGUUUCGCUGUGUGGUGUGCAUGCAGACCGUGACUUCAACCCUGGAACUUAAGAUCCAUGGCACAUUUCAUAUGCAGAAGACAGGAAAUGGAUCUGCUGUUCAGGCCACUGUACGAUCUCAUAAUCCGCCGAAGUUGUUUAAGUGUGCUUCUUGUCUGAAAGAGUUUCGCUCCAAACAGGACUUGGUGAAGCUUGAUAUCAAUGGGUUGCCCUACGGUCUGUGUGCCAUUUGUGUUAAUCUUAGCAAAAGUGCCAGUCCGACUGCUAAUGCAGUUUUGAACACAAAUCGACCCCCUAUUAAUCAGACUGAAAGUCAGCCCUGUGUGGAAGGGAAAAAUAAAGGUUCUGUGCUCAAGACCCGAUGCUCUACUUGUAAUGUUAAAUUUGAAUCGGACAAUGAACUUCAAAAUCAUAUUCAGACUAUUCACAGAGAACUUGUAUCUGAAAACAGCACAGCUCAGCUGAAAACACCACAGCUCUCACCAAUGCCCAGGAUCAGUCCAUCUCAGUCUGAAGAGAAAAAGACUUAUCAAUGCAUCAAGUGCCAGAUGGUAUUCUACAAUGAAUGGGAUAUUCAGGUCCAUGUAGCAAACCACAUGAUUGAUGAAGGUCUUAAUCAUGAGUGUAAACUCUGCAGCCAGUCAUUUGACUCCCCAGCAAAACUGCAGUGCCAUUUAAUUGAGCACAGCUUUGAAGGAAUGGGAGGCACAUUUAAAUGUCCAGUCUGUUUUACAGUAUUUGUUCAAGCCAACAAGCUGCAGCAGCACAUUUUCUCAGCCCAUGGACAAGAGGACAAGAUCUAUGACUGCUCACAAUGUCCACAGAAAUUCUUUUUCCAGACUGAGCUGCAGAACCAUACAAUGAGCCAGCAUAGCAGCUAAUGAAAAAAAACACAUCCAUUUGAAGAUCUUCUGGAAGCACAGAAAAGGGAACAUGUUUUAAUCUUUGCACGAAACUUUGAUUGUUCAUGUAUAUUAAUCGAAA